AUGAAGGGCGUGUUGCAGGAUCAGCUCGUUCACCAGUGCUUGGAUGUUGUACUAGAAUCACUGAAGUUGGCUGCUCGGCUGGACAUCAUGAUGUCAGAUCUGAUCGGACACAAACACUAUUGCUUCACUCCAAUUGCUAGUUACAUCGCUGAUACCCCGGAAGCGAUGAUGCUGGCAUAUGUUGGUGGAAAGACAUCACCAGUGACUAUGGCCAUGUACAAGCAGUUUGGGGAUGCCUUUCAACAUGAACCCAGGACCAAAUCAACAACUCUUGCACAGCUGGACAUUGUGCACUCAUGCGCUGACCCACAUAACCUUGAGGCAUUCUCCCAUGAAGCGCAGAAGUUCCACCUGAAUGGUGUUGAGAAACCAUUCUGGAGUGACUGGCCACUAGCCAAACCAUCCCGUUUCUUCACACCUGAAUCACUGCACCACCUUCACAAGCAGUUUUACAACCAUGACAUCCAAUGGAUUACCAGCACUGUAGGAGAUUCCGAAUUAGAUUUUCGGUUCUCAAUUUUACAGCCCACUACUGGUUACCGGCAUUUUCACAGAGGCAUAUUGAAGCUCAAACAACAUGGAUGCAAUGCCUCCUGGUAUUAUGAUUCUGUACGUGCACUCAUGCACUUCCGUUACCUUGUGCAGUCACCACACAUUUACAACAAUGAUCUUGCCCACAUCUCGGCUGCAUUGGACGAGUUCCAUGUGAGUAAGCAUGCAAUCAUCACCGCUGGCAUUCACUGGGGGAAAGGCAAUACGGCCAUCAACAACUGGCACAUACCCAAGCUCGAGCUAAUGCAGAACAUUGUUCCUAGCAUCCAUAGAUCUGGCAUUAUAGGACAGUGGUCUGCUGAUGCCACCGAACAUGUGCACAUCACAGAGGUCAAAGACCCUGCAAGAUCGACCAACAACAAUAAUUAUGAUCCGCAAAUAUGUCGUUUUCUUGACCGCACUGAUAAGUGCAAUAGGCUUGAUCUUGCCACCAGUCUUUUGGACCACAAGGUGAGCGUCAAGGAUCUGGAGGUUGUCCAAGAGGAACACAAAGAUGAUGACAUCUACAUUGACGCGGAUGCGGACGCAGACAUUGUCCUGUGGAUUCUCUGUCCAAGACUCAACAACCUGCACGAGGAAGUAGAAUCAAUACCUGUCCCACUACACUCUUUCAUUGUUGGCUGCACUGCCCUCCAUCUCGCAUAUGAUCCUUCCAUUAGGAAUAUUAGCGUCAAUGAAACCGCCGUCAUGUUCAACUUACCAGACCUUCACCAAGCUCUCGCUGAUUUUCUUCACCAUGAGGUGACAUCUGGACACCAUGUUCAUGCGAUUGGUGGUCCUAGAAGAGCUGGACCCGAUGCUGAACUUCCAUUUGUUAAGCUUCAGGCCGCUCCCAAAAUCACACCGUGA